CAUAACCGAGGGUCCACCCAGGCACCGCCCAUCAACACGCCUCUCGGGUGGGCUGGGCGGCCCCCCUGCGGUGCCUCCCGCUGCCAUGGCAGCAUCGGGCGGCGGUGGCACCUGGACCACACACCGGCCCCUGCAGAAACAUGACUCCUGGACCCGGUUUGAUGAUCCACCCUCUGAACCCCGUGAAUGUUCCGGGGUCACUUUACACUUGGAUGAAAAAUGUUUACACGUCAAGAUAAGGGGAACAGUACCCCAAACUGACGACAGAAGGAACUGAAUUCGUUACUUUGGAGAGCGUUCCCCUCCAAGCCUCUGCUCGGCCUGACCUUGCCUCAAAUAUUUUUCCAAACGUUUCUGGAACCAAACAGAGGAGAGCUGGGAAACAACCUGCAACUCGGGAUAUUCACACUCACGAGUCCAACGAGCGAAAACUGUUGCCGAAAAUACGCCACCACUAAUGAGGGGCUUCUGCACCUGCUCUCAGCCCCAACAGGAAGGCCGGGCGUGGGCGCUUCCUGCUGGGACAACACGGCGGAUAUAAAAGGCCUGGCAUCACAGAGCACCUCACACACACUCACACACACUCACACCUCCUCCAGCCCCACCGCCUCCACCAUGGCCGCCUCCACCCUGUCCGCCUGCUCCAGCAACCUGAGCUACGGCAGCCACGUCUGCCUGCCUGGUCCCUGUCACCCCUGCACUGGCUCCUCCUGGCAGUGGGACGACUGUCCAGAGAGCUGCUGCGAGCCCCCCUGCUGCGCCCCCAGCGGCUGCACCCCCGCGCCCCGCCUGGCCCUCGUCUGCACCCCAGCGAGCUGUGAGCCCAGCCCCUGCCUGUCAGGCUGCACCAGCUCCUGCACCUCCUCCCCCUGCCAGCCAGCCUGCUGUGUGCCCAUCUGCUGCAGGCCCGUCUGUUGCACGCCCGUGUGCUGCGAGGCCUCCCCAUGCUCAGACUCCUGCUGCCAGCAGUCGAGCUGCCCGCCGUCCUGCUGCACCUCCUCCCCCUGCCAGCAGGCCUGCUGUGUGCCCAUCUGCUGCAGGCCCGUCUGUUGCACUCCUGUCUGUUGCACACCCGUGUGCUGCGAGGCCUCCCCCUGCUCGGCCGCCUCGUGCUGCCAGCCCAGCCCCUGCCCCUCGUCCUGCUGCAGACCCUCGUCCUCCGUGUCCCUCCUCUGCCGGCCCGUGUGCCGCCCCGCCUGCCGCGUGCCCGUCUCCUCCUGCGGGGCCCCCGCCUCCUGCUGCCAGCCCGGCUGCUGCCGCCUGGCCUCCUGCGUGUCCCUGCUCUGCCGCCCCGCGUGCUCCCGCCCCGCCUGCUGCGUGCCCGCCUCGGCCUGGCGGAAACCGGAGCGCUGCACUGUGGACCCCUCGGCUUCAGAUGGGCCGGGAGGAGGGGGCGACACAGGCAGCGAGUGUUUGGGGUCCGAGUGCCAGAGAGGAGAGAAGGGCUCUGAGGAAUUCCCCGGUCCACAGAGGCUCUCCCACGAGUUGGGAAAGGAUGAGGGGACACGUGCCCCCUGGAAACCGUCCUUCUACUCCCUGUCUCCGAAGCACCUGCUCCCCACCGCCCCCACCAUGGCCGCCUCCACCCUGUCCGCCUGCUCCAGCAACCUGAGCUACGGCAGCCACGUCUGCCUGCCCGGUCCCUGUCACCCCUGCACCGGCUCCUCCUGGCAGUGGGACGACUGUCCAGAGAGCUGCUGCGAGCCCCCCUGCUGCGCCCCCAGCGGCCGCACCCCCGCGCCCCGCCUGGCCCUCGUCUGCACCCCAGCGAGCUGUGAGCCCAGCCCCUGCCUGUCAGGCUGCACCAGCUCCUGCACCUCCUCCCCCUGCCAGCCGGCCUGCUGUGUGCCCGUGUGCUGCAGGCCCGUCUGUUGCACUCCUGUCUGUUGCACACCUGCGUGCUGCACACCUGUGUGCUGCGAGGCCUCCCCGUGCUCAGACUCCUGCUGCCAGCAGUCGAGCUGCCAGUCGUCCUGCUGCACCUCCUCCCGCUGCCAGCAGGCCUGCUGUGUGCCUGUCUGCUGCAGGCCCGUCUGCUGCACUCCUGUCUGUUGCACGCCCGUGUGCUGCGAGGCCUCCCCCUGCUCGGCCGCCUCGUGCUGCCAGCCCAGCCCCUGCCCCUCGUCCUGCUGCAGACCCUCGUCCUCCGUGUCUCUCCUCUGCCGGCCCGUGUGCCGCCCCGCCUGCCGCGUGCCCGUCUCCUCCUGCGGGGCCCCCGCCUCCUGCUGCCAGCCCAGCUGCUGCCGCCCGGCCUCCUGCGUGUCCCUGCUCUGCCGCCCCGCGUGCUCCCGCCCCGCCUGCUGCGUGCCCGCCUCGGCCUGCGAGUCCUGCUGCUGACCGGGCCCGUCCCCCCGGG